CAACAACCAACGGAGCACUCCUGCAGAGCUGCAAUCCUCCGAUGGCUCCUCUCAGGCUAUCGCGAGCCAAUCCACUGGCCUUCACCCCCUGGCCCGUCACCCUGAUCACCACCGUCGUCUAUCUCGCCUUCCUCAUCCCACUGCUUAUCGUGCAUCAUGUCGUCCCCUCGCCUCCAACUGCCAACCCCAAUGGUCUCGACCUCACCCAAGCCUGGGCCGAUCUCCAAGUCCUAACCGACGGUUUCCACCCGUACAACUCGCGUCGCAACGACGAAGUCCACACCUGGCUUCUGCAACGCAUCCACGAGAUCCUCGACGCCGCACCUUCGGCCGACCAGUACCUCUCCGUCGAUGAGGAGAAGCCGAAGCCCGCCGUCUUCGUCUUCGACGAUACACAAUCUAACCUCUCCUUCGUCGGCAACUCCCUGUCCAGCUCCAACACCGCUGUUUACUUCGAGGGCACCAACAUCCUCGUCUACAUCCGCGGAUCGGACGAUGAUCCCGAGAACUGGUGGGAGGAACCCAACGGUGUGCCCUCCGGCAAGGGCGGCGUGCUGGUCAACGCCCACUACGAUAGUGUUUCAACGGGAUACGGCGCCACUGAUGAUGGUGUCGGUGUCGUGACUUGCCUGCAGCUGAUUCAGUACUUCAUGACACCGGGCCAUGCGCCGCGGAGGGGCUUGGUCGUGCUGCUGAAUAACGGUGAGGAGGACUAUCUCAAUGGCGCGCGCGUGUACGGCCAGCAUCCGAUCGCUAAGUUUCCCCACACGUUCCUCAAUCUGGAGGGUGCGGGGGCUGGCGGUCGUGCUAUCCUCUUCCGCAGCUCGGAUACCGAGGUCACUCGUCCGUAUAUGAGUUCGAAGUAUCCGUUUGGGUCGGUGUUGGCGGCGGAUGGGUUUGCGACUGGUCUCAUUGCUAGUCAGACGGACUAUGUGGUGUUUGAGGGGGAUUUGGGCCUGCGGGGACUGGAUGUUGCGUUUAUGGAGCCGAGGGCUAGGUAUCAUACGGAGCAGGAUGAUUCGAGACAUACAAGUAAGAGCUCACUGUGGCACAUGUUGUCUGCGGCGGUUGCGACUACGGAGGGGUUGGUCUCGGAUAAGAGUGCGCAGUUUGAUGGCGCGCCCAGGGAUGAUGCGAAAGUUGCGAGCGGGUCAGGGUCCAAGGCUGUUUGGUUUGAUCUGUUUGGGACGACUUUCGUUUUGUUCGAGCUGCAUACGCUGUUUGCGUUGUCGGUGACGCUGCUCGUGGUUGCGCCGCUGGCUCUGCUGGUGACGGGUAUUGCGCUCACCCGCGCGGACAAGAUGUAUUUGUUUAGAACGUAUGCAAAGACGGAUGAUGGUCUGGACUCGACUUCUCUGCGGGGUCUACGUGGUUUCUUCCGGUUUCCGUUCCUCUUUGCGAUCCCUACGGCUGUCACUGUUGGUCUGGCGUACCUGGUGACCAAGGUUAACCCGCUGAUUAUCCACAGCAGCGAGUAUGCCGUCUGGAGCAUGAUGCUGUCUGCCUGGAUCUUUUUGGCUUGGUUUGUCGCGCGGGUGGCUAACACUGCUCGUCCGUCUGCGCUGCACCGCAUCUACACCCUGACCUGGAUGUUCGUGCUGGCCUGGGUACUCCUUGUCAUCUCCACGGUCUACCAGAACCAACGCGGCCUGGCUGGCGGCUACUCCGUCUUCUUCUUCUUCUGCGGCACAUUCCUCGCCACUUGGAUCUCCUAUCUAGAGCUCUUCUCCCUGCCGCGCAAGUCCGAGUUCGCGAACCAAAACCGGCCGAUGUCCCGCCGGGCCAGCAGCUACGGCGGCAGUCGACUAGGCACAGCGUCAGGUGAAGACCACGAAGAAGACGACGACCACGACGCCGAAGAAGAGGAAGAGGAAGAACAUGAGCCCACCGAAUCGACCUCCCUACUCGGAGGCGGCCAGCGCACCACCUUCGCCAACUACGUCCGCGUUUCCGGCGACCACCGCGGCUCUGACACCGACGAGCACCACCACUACCCAGGCGUCUACGAGAACGAGCAACGCUGGAGCGGCUCGCUCCCAGCCUGGAUCUGGACCCUACAAUUCCUCCUCAUCGCCCCGCUAGUCCUCAUCAUGGUUGGACCCCUCGCUCUCCUCCUGACCAGCGCCCUCCACCAAACCGGCCAAGACGGCAGCUCCUCCCUAUUCAUCUACGUCGCCAUCGCAGCCCUAACCACAUACCUCCUCACGCCCCUCCUCCCCUUCAUCCACCGCCACACCUACCACCUCCCCGUCUUCCUCCUCCUCGUCUUCCUCGGCACCUUAAUCUACAACCUCGUCGCCUUCCCCUUCUCCCCGACCAACCGCCUCAAACUCUUCUUCAUCCAAGACAUCGACCUCACCACCGGCUCCACCACCGCCUCCCUCGCCGGCGUCCAACCCUACGUCCACGCCGCCGCUUCCACCCUCCCCAGCACCACUAAUCAAAACAUCUCCUGCACCGAACACACCACCCGCGGCACCAAAUGCGCCUGGCCGGGCCUCGCCCCGCGCGUUGUCCCAGACACACCAUACUCCGACUGGCUCGACUUUACCAUCUCCCAGCAACACAACACCACCUCCACUGAUAACCAAAACAACGACGACGAAGACCACCAACACCCAAAGCAAGCCCGCAUCACCUUAUCAGGCCGCAACACCCGCGCCUGCAAACUCCUCUUCGACUCGCCCAUCUCCUCUUUCUCCGUCCUCGGCUCCGCCACAGAUCCCCGCUUCCCGACCACUUCUCCGCACGGCACGAAGGAAAUCCGUCUGUGGAGUAGAGAAUGGGAGAAUGAGUGGGUCGUGGAUGUUGCGUGGUCGGGAAACACUACCCAUACUGACGAUGAUAAUGGUGAAGAAGAAGAAGAAGAAGGGAAGUUAACCGGCAAAGCAGUCUGUCUCUGGAGUGACAACAACUCAAAGGGUGUUAUCCCCGCGUUGGAUGAAGUCAGACAGUUUGCGCCCAAUUGGGUGGCGGUUAGUAAGGCUGCGGAUGGGUUGGUGGAGGGGUGGAAGGGGUUUAGCAUUUAGUUUGGUUUUUUUUUUUUUUUUUU